CAAUUUAAAAUAUAUUAAAUGCAUAAUAACAAUUUUUCAAAUAAUUACACAUAACUAUUUAAUUAACAAAUUGAUUAAAAAUGCAUACAAAUUGCUGUUAAAAUUCGAUUAAAUUCAAUUAAAAUUUGAAUACGCCCACGAUAAAUUGAGAAAACGCAGCAACUAAAUUAAUUGAAAUAGACUUCUGUUUUUGGCAUGGUUUCGGAGGAGAACUGGAACAGCGAUACAAUGUCCGACUCGGACAUGAUCGACUCGAAGAACGACGUGUGCGGCGGGGCAUCCAGCUCCAGUGGCAGCUCCAUUUCACCACGCACUCCGCCAAAUUGCGCGCGUUGUCGCAACCACGGGCUAAAAAUCACAUUGAAGGGCCACAAGCGGUACUGCAAGUACCGCUAUUGCACCUGCGAGAAGUGCCGCCUGACCGCAGACCGUCAGCGGGUGAUGGCAUUGCAGACGGCACUGCGACGUGCCCAGGCACAGGAUGAGCAGCGCUCGUUGCACAUGCACGAGGUGCCACCGCCUUCGGGAACGCCGGCGCUAUUGACCCAUCACAGUCAUCAUCAUCAUGUGCAUCCCCACGCCCACUCACAUCAUGGCCACGCCCAUCAUGCCCAUGUGUUGCAUCAUCAGCAGGCAUCGGUGGCGGCAUCGGCAUCAGCACCACCGCCACAGCCACAAUCCCAUCUUGGAUCGGCUCACAAUGGCUCCGCUGGCAGCUUACACAGCCACGCCCACGCGCACGCCCAUGUGCAUCACGCCCACAUGGCGGCCGCAGCCGCCGCUUCGGUGGUGCAGCAGCAUCAACAGCAGCAGCAGCAGCAGCAACAGCAACAGCAACAUCAUCACCACAACAGCCACCAGCAGCAGCAGCAGCAGCAACCACACCAGGCAGCUUCUGUGAGAUCUCCGUCACACAGUGACCAUGGCGGCACCGUUGGUCCAGCCACAAGCAGCUCAGGUGGCGGUGGCGCCACUUCCAGUAAUGUGGCAGCUACUUCCAGCAGCGCCGGCAGUGGCAGUGGCAGUGGCAGCAGCAGCUCUGCAGCAGGUGGCAGCGGUGGCAUCAGUGUCAUAACCAGCGCCGAUCAUCACAUGUCCACAGUGCCAACGCCCGCACAGUCGCUGGAGGGUUCCUGUGACUCGUCCUCCCCGUCGCCAUCAUCCACAUCGGGCAAUGCCGUUCUGCCCAUUUCCGUGUCCAGCACUCGCAAGAAUGUGCCUCUGGGCCAAGAUGUUUUCCUAGACUAUUGUCAAAAGCUGUUAGAAAAAUUUCGUUAUCCGUGGGAGCUGAUGCCGCUCAUGUAUGUGAUAUUAAAAGAUGCUGGUGCUGACAUCGAUGAGGCUUCGCGUCGCAUCGAAGAGGCUUAAAGCUUCAACAAAACGCGCGCGAGUUAAACUAAAGUAAUGUUUCGGAUUAAAAAAGAACCUCUGUAAAUAUAUCAAUAGUAUGAUAAGCAAGCCACAUUUACUUCUUCAAUUUGGAAAUACACGUAUCUUCAAUCAACAAACCAAAUAUUUAAGUGGAUGCAACCUAUUGCAAUCAACUUAUUCUUCAAUCAACAUACCCUGGCGAUGAUAUCCCCGACAAGCUAUCAAAUUAUCUUCAAUCAACAUACCCGCAAAUACAUGAUGACCAACUUGUAACCAGAUCUACUCUACAAUCAACAUACCUAACUUGGCUCAUAUCAUCAAGCAACAUUAUCAUUGAAGCUGCCACAGAAAUAAGAAGAACAUUUCUCCAAUUUAUCAACCAAUCAACAAAUCUGUCUACGACCAACUCUUCAGAUCAACAAACACGUGCUAGAAGUCCACCCAUCGGUUGUUUAGCUUUAGUUAAGACAUUAUCUUAAGUUUUCUUAAGCUAGCUUAUGUUUAGUUGAGUCUGCUUAAGUUACGAUUCUAAAUGCGGUGUCUUUGUAGCCUACAAAAUUCCACCUUUGCCCUUAAAACUACAGUAUGCAAAUAUAAUUUAUUUAAUUUCAUAGUAAUAUAGAACAAACAGUAUACAUUUACUUUAAAAUUCAUAUUUAUCGGGGCGGACUCAAGUAACUUAAAUGAGCUUAGAAAUUCGAAUUAAAUAUUGACAUAUGAAAAAACAUGUUUAUGGAUAUUAUGCAAUUGGUCAGGACGUAAGUUUGUCUAGGACAGUAGGAACUUUUAAUAAUUAUCUCAAAAUUUUCUGAAAUUACAAAUUCUUAUCGCUCACACUUUUCUCCUUCAAGUUUUAACUAAGUAUUGCCAAAACUCUUAAGAUCAAUAUCACUUAUCAAAAUUACACAAAUUAUUAAACAUUUUCGAAAUUACCAAUACAUAGUAUAGCUGUUCUUAAAAAUGAGCACAGACAGGUUCUUGAGAAACAUAUUGUUGUGAAUCGCUGCACAAGUUAAACAGAUGCAAAGUUAAGUCUCUUGUAUUAAUAUACUGUGAAAAAUAAAUAUAGAAUACUUAAGAUUAAUCAGUCUUGCGAAAUAUAAUUGUAAUACACAGCGAUACAUACAAACUACUAAUUACUUAAGUACGAGUAUGUAUAAAUAUUGUUAUCGAUUUAAGCAGUUCAUAAUUCACAUGCCAACAAAAUACUAUAAAAAAAAAAACAAAAACAAAAUAAAAUUCAAUGUAAAAAAUAAAAUAUUUUCCUCAAACAAAUAGAUUCGGUUUGCAUUAAGAGCAAUCGAUCUUAAGCUGGACCUGUUAUGGUUUACUUUAAGCUUGAAGAGAAAUCAAAUAUAUAUAUAAUUUCUGGUGGUACAUAAAACAAAAAAUGGGAAA